AUGGCACUCACUGAAGAAUGUAGAUCAAGAAUUCAAAGCAAACUACCUCAGAAAUUGAAGGAUCCAAGUAGUUUCACUAUCCAAAUCUCGAUUGGUAAGCACGCAGUCGGGCGCGCUUUGUGUGAUCUUGGGGAGAGCAUCAAUUUGAUGUCGCUAUCUAUUUUCAGACAGUUGGGGUUGGGUGAGCCGCGCCCAACCACGGUGAUUUUACAGGUUGCUGAUCGCUCCCUUGCUCAUCCUGAAGGAGAAGUUCCAUUUAUUUUGGGGCGUCCAUUCUUAGCCACGGGACGAGCUAUUAUCGAUGUAUAUGAAGGAAAAAUGACAAUGAGAGUAGGUGUUCGAGUGAAGGUAUUCAAUGUGUAUAAAGCACUCAGAUUGUCAGCCCACUAUGAAGAGCUAUCUAUGAUUUCUGUGGUGGAAAGUGAUGUGACUUCAUUAAUGCCUUAUAUGAGCCCCAUAGAUCCUCUUGAACGAGCUUUUAUGGGGUAUGAAGAAGACAGUGAAUAUGAGAUGAUGGAAGAAAUUGAGUAA